CUUGGCAAGUAAGCAAAACAAUACAUACGCAAACAAAGCCGUCUGUUAAGAAUUUCUUCUCCUUUUCUUCUUUUCCCACCUCUUAGUCGCAAAGGGGAACCAAUUCCUUUCUUCUUUGGCCGUCUGAAUCGGCACUGUUAUGCGUGUCUAUGAUUAGAAAUUUAAAUCGUUUAAUUCCAUAGGUGUGGAGUUUCGAGAGAAACUAGCAGCAGCAACAUGGGCAACGCCGGAGCCUGUUUACAAUCUCCACCAAUGAGGAGAAAUCAUGGCCAAAGUUCCGUGAAGAAGCUUUCUGUCAAGCAGAAGUAUGGAUACAUCCCUGAUAACUUCUCUUCCAUUGAGCAGGUUACGGUAGCACUGAGAAGUGCAGGUCUAGAGUCAUCCAAUCUCAUUCUUGGAAUUGAUUUCACCAAAAGCAAUGAAUGGACAGGCCAAGUCUCGUUCAAUAACCGAAGCCUGCAUGCCAUUGGAGAUACACCUAAUCCAUAUGAGAAGGCCAUCGCUGUGAUUGGAAAGACUUUAGCCCCUUUUGACGAAGACAACUUAAUUUCUUGUUUUGGUUUUGGUGAUGCCACCACGCAUGAUGAAGAAGUGUUUAGUUUUCACAGUGAUAAUUCACCUUGCCAUGGUUUUGAAGAAGUUUUGUCCUGCUAUAGGAAAGUGGUUCAGGCCUUGCAGCUCUCAGGGCCAACUUCUUAUGCUCCGGUAGUUGAGGCUGCAAUCGACAUUGUAGAGAAAUCUGGUGGCAAGUACCAUGUGUUGGUUAUCAUUGCCGAUGGCCAGGUUACAAGGAGCGUCAAUACGGGUGAUAAUGAACUAAGUCCACAAGAAGCCCAAACAAUCCAAUCAAUCGUCAAUGCAAGUUCAUAUCCUCUGUCAAUUGUUCUUGUCGGAGUUGGUGAUGGACCUUGGGAAGACAUGAAGAAGUUUGAUGACAAGAUCCCUGCACGCGAUGUUGAUAACUUUCAGUUUGUCAACUUCACUGAAAUAAUGUCAAAGAAUGGGACACCUUCCUCAAAAGAAACAGCUUUUGCUCUAGCCGCCCUAAUGGAGAUCCCCUUCCAGUACAAAGCAGCAACUGAGCUUCACUUAAUGGGACGUGUGACAGGAAGAGCAAAGAAAAUCGUUCCACGCCCUCCUCCAACUCCUUACACUCGUCGUCCGCCACCGACUCGAGAGCCAAUCAUACUUUCAUCAUCAACACCGGCAGGAGAUGAAAGCAACCAAUCGGCCUGCCCAAUUUGCCUAACUAAUCCAAAGGACUUGGCAUUUGGCUGUGGACACAUGACCUGCAGAGACUGUGGAUCGAAAGUUUCCAAUUGUCCAAUAUGCCGCCAGCCCAUCAGAAGUCGCAUCAGGCUGUUCACUGGAUGACUAUUGAGAAAAACAAUUGGAUCCCAUAUUCAGCAACAGCAAUGGGCUUUGCUCGUAUGGCUUAUGAUUUUUCGACUUCAGGAUAUGUAGUUUGUAUCAUCUUCCAACAAGUUGUAUUGGAAACUUUCAUCAUUUUCCGAGCCAUACCAUAUUAUCAAUCUUAUUCCAGCUAUUAAGUGGCGGUUAGUUUACCAGGAUUACCAAAUUCUUUCUUUUGGUUUCCGGUUUUGAUUUCAUAGUUCAGCAAUCUAAUAUUCUUGCAUGCAUCACUUUCGUGUAUGUUGUGAGAAUCAGAAGAUGAGAGAUGGAAAUGGGAGUCCCACCUGUUGUGAACUCUGGGUUUAAGGUGUAUAAUUG